AUGCCAACUGUCAAUCUGGCUAUAAAUAUCGAUCCGGUGGGUUUUUCUGGAAUUCCCGAAAAUUUUUGAGCUUAUGGUGUUAAUCUUCAAUUCUACAUUAAUUUUUUCAGAAUGAACCUCGAACAUGUUGGAGAAUCCCAACAUCAAUCGCAAUCUACAUUUUCCAAGCCUCCCUGAUUCUAUUGAUUAUUGGAAUAGCUGUUGGCUAUGAACUUCCAGGUUUGCUGAUUUUGGCACUCGUCCAAUUGCUCAUUUCUGCACUUUUUGCCAUGAACUUCUACUAUGCGAUUUUGGCUCAUUUUAUUGCUCAGAUUAUUGGUUUAGGAUAUCUGCUUAUUUUCUUCGUUUGGUAUAUUUGUAUCAGUAAGUUGCAUUCAUUAAUCGAAAUUCAAAACUAAACUUUUCAAAAUCCAUCGUAAUAAUUUUCAGUGAGCCGACCUGUCGUAACAAUUGAUGCGUUAAAAGACAACAUAUUCUGGCUCAUCGUGAUCUUCAUCAUCUUAUUCUUCCACAUUUUCUACAUGAAUCUCGUCUUUCAACAUUUGCAUCAUUUGACCAAAACCAAAACUCUCGAUCAACUUCAGCCAACUCAGUUUUUGUCGCAUCAGCGACUUCGACCACUUCAGCGCCUUCACAAUAACAGCCGUUGGGAGAUUUGA